UAACCAAAGGCCUGCAGCAAAGAGACUAUAAAAGAGGCAAGAUGAAGAAAGGAGGAAGACGAGGAAAAGACAGCAAGAAUAAAAAGUUGGUGAUAAAUAGAAGGUCAUGGCUCACAAGUUAAUACAUUUCUACAUUGCAGUGUUGUUGAUGAUGGCGUCGUGCAGUUGUGUUCCCGUCAAUGAGCUGCUGGACCGAGCCUCUGAGCGCUCCGACAAACUGCACGCUCUCAGCGCAGCGCUCACCCAUGCCCUGGACUCUCAUAUUCCUCCUAUUGGCCGGGUGAUCAUGCCCCGCCUUGCUCUGUGCCACACCUCCUCCCUGCAAACCCCAAAUGACAAGGAACAAACUCUCCAAGUGUCAGACUCAGACCUACUGUCAUUGGCCCGCUCACUGCUCCAAGCCUGGACAACCCCCUUGGUAGACCUGGCCUCAUCCGUGUCUAGCCUGCCCCAUCCAGACCACAACGGCAUUCAUGCCAAAGUCCAGGAGCUGCAGGAGCACUCCAGGACACUGGGACAUGGCCUGGAUGUGCUGUCUGCCAAGAUGGGGCCCUCAGCUCAGAUCAUCUCCUUACUGCCCUACAGAGGAGAUGAUGAUGACGAUGAAGAUGAUGACGAUGACAUUGGGCAGAACAGGAUUUCCAAACUGAUCAGGUUCUACUUCCUGUUGUCCUGUUUUCGCCGGGACUCCCACAAGAUUGAUAGCUUCCUGAAAGUCAUACGUUGCCAGGCAGCGAGGAUGCAACCUGAAAUGUGCUAAAGAUUAGAAAAGAGAAAACGCAAAGC